AUGGCUAAGAUUCUCAAGCCAGGAAAGGUUGCUCUUAUCACCAGAGGUCGCUUUGCCGGUAAGAAGAUUGUUAUUCUUCAAAACAUCGACCAAGGCACCAAGGCCCACCCCUUCGGACAUGCUGUUGUUGCUGGUGUUGAGCGCUACCCUUUGAAGGUCACCAAGUCUAUGGGUGCCAAGCGCAUUGCUAAGCGUUCUCGUGUGAAACCUUUUGUCAGAGUUGUUAACUACAACCACUUGAUGCCCACUCGUUAUGCUCUCGAGCUUGACAACCUCAAGAACCUUGUCAAUGCUGAGACUUUCAAGGAGCCUUCCCAACGCUCUGCCGCUAAGAAGGUCGUCAAGAAGACUUUCGAAGAAAAGUACCAAACCGGCAAGUCUGCUUGGUUCUUUACUCCUUUGAGAUUCUAA